ACUUCCGGUUCCGCGCAAAACUACUUCACCCCUUUCCCAUUAAUUGAUAAGCCGAACAAACACCAGUUUUUUUUCUCUCUAAAAAUUCAAAAUUCACGAUUAAUCUAUGUACAUAAAACAUUUAUUAAUCAAUGCGUUAAAUUAUGAAAAAACAAUAUGUAACGUUGAAUUUAGAAAAUAUUAACAGAGUUCCAGUAUUACAACACCGUACAUUUCAUCGCAAAAGUUUAUGGCGAUCAUGGAGGCAGCUAUCAAGACUACAGAAAAAUCUAUUAGUCACACUAUCAUGCAGUAUUAUAUUUGUUAUCUUUUACUGGGUCAUAUUCAACUCGCAGAGACGUCUGGAUGACGUGAAAUCUGAUAAACAUAUCAACGAACCUGACGAAACUGGUCAAAAGGUCCAAGCAGAUGUUGAUGAAACAUUCCAAGAAGUACCGGAAAUCGAUUCCAAAGUAGUCGUAGAUAAAUUAUUUGUCGAAGAGUCAUUAAAUGAGAAACCCAUCCAGAUUGACGAAACACAUAAAGCUCGACCAUUCAUCCCCAUCCUAAAGUCACCGGAAACAAUUACAGUGCGUCAAAGAGCAGUGAUAAAUGCUGUAAAACAUGCUUGGACCGGGUACAAGAAAUAUGCCUGGGGACACGAUCAUCUUCGUCCGAUUAGUCUCCGAUAUCAAGAUUGGUUCCAUCUAGGGAUGACUAUAGUGGACUCGUUGGAUACUUUGUACAUCAUGAAUUUGACCAAAGAAUUCGCGGAAGCUCGCGGAUGGGUAGAAAAUUCAUUCACUUUUGAUCACUACAACGACGACGUAAAUUUAUUCGAAGUCACUAUACGAAUUCUAGGUGGAUUACUAUCAGCAUAUCAUUUCUCAAACGAUGGUCUGUUUCUGGAAAAAGCGGCUGAUUUAGGCGAACGAUUACUUCCUUGUUUUGACAAAUCACCUACAGCUAUUCCAUUCUCAGACGUGAAUCUAGUUUCCCAUACCGCUCGUGUUCCUCGAUGGAGUUCAGAUUCUAGUAUUGCAGAAGUGAGCACACUUCAGCUCGAAUUUAGAGACUUAUCUCGUUGCACAAGAGAAGAUAAAUUUGAAAAAGCAGCUUUUGCUGUCAGCGAGCAUAUUCACAAGCUUCGUAAACCGGAUGGUCUUGUUCCUAUAUUCAUUAAUCCAAAUACAGGUAAUUUUAAUUUCGAUUCUGAAAUCAAACUGGGUGCCAGAGGAGACAGCUACUACGAAUAUCUGCUUAAACAAUGGAUUCAGACUGGAAAGACGGUAGACUUUCUUAAAGAAGAUUACAUUGAAGCCAUCGACGGUAUCAUGAGAACUCUAACCAAAACAACACCGAAACGAAAAUUAACUUUUAUCGGUGAACUGAAAUCUAAAUCGAGAACAUUUUCUCCCAAAAUGGAUCACCUAACUUGUUAUUUGCCUGGAACCUUGGCGCUGGGUGUUUACAAUGGUAUGCCAAAUAAGCAUAUGACGUUUGCUGAGCAACUCAUGGAAACUUGUUAUUAUAUGUAUAAAGAUCAGCCUACUGGAUUGGCACCGGAAAUAGUUUAUUUCAAUUACGAACUGGAUAAAGGAGGAGUAGACAUGUACGUCCAAUCGCAAGACACUCACAAUCUUUUGCGACCAGAAUUCAUCGAAAGUCUCUGGGCCAUGUAUUCAAUCACCGGUAACAAAACCUAUCAGGAAUGGGGAUGGGAAAUAUUUCAGGCAUUCGAAAAAUACACCAAAGUAGCCAACGGAUAUACUUGUAUAAACAACGUGCUAGACCCGGAAAACACCAAACCACGCGACUUUAUGGAAUCAUAUUUUAUGAGCGAGACAUUAAAAUACCUGUACCUACUGUUCAGUCCAAAUCGACGACUAAUUGACAUCGAUAAACUUGUAAUGAAUAGCGAAGCUCAUCCUUUACCUAUAUAUUCCUACUAAUGUGAUACUGAGAACUCCUUCUUCCUUAUCUCAUACCAAGAGUCAUUAAGACGCUAAAUUCCUACAUUAAUUCCUAUAAAAAAAACCUGUGUGGUUAUAUACUUUCUACGCACCCCGUGUACGAGCCACGUGUGCUGAUCUCUGUAUGUAAAUUGACGACGACGAAGAUAUGAAUAUUAGCAUUUGAUUCGUCACACUGCUAAUGAAUCAUUUUACCCCUUUGAUGGCUGUGUAAGUCGGUCGUUUCGUCCCCUCGAGUGUUUAUAACACGAGUUGUUGUGUUGUGUUGUGUAGCUACCUAAUGCGUAUGUUAUCUAAGUACCUAUGUUAAUUAUUUAUUUAUCCCCGAUCGUUAAAAGUUAUCACGUCAAAAGGUUGUUUUUUCAUCUAGUUACUCCCUCCCCCUCAUGUUCGUUGAAUUUUCAAAUAGACAGACUGAUAGAAAAAUUCGCACUCGACGUUUUGCCAAGGCACAUAUACUUAUUUAUAUGGAAUUUGUUUUUGUUUUCGUUUUUUAUUUAUUCAUUCGAAUACAAUUGUUGUAAUUCGAAACGAUGCUUACCUGCGAACGGAGAUGUUAAUUAUUUACCUCAUUCGCUACCGAUCGACGUUCGACGAUUUAGCUGUAUAUCGAUGUAUUUUUCAUCUCGUUGUGAUAAAUUAUUAUUGUGUAUGUAUCUUAAUACUAUUAAGUAAUUGUGCAAUACAGUCGUUCUUCGCAUUUAUA